AGGUGAACGCGCCGCUUAGUCCUCCACUCGUACGGUCGCGUCUGCCGGCGGAGAGUAACAUUGAACAGGACUUCACAGUCUGUCCAGAUGGCUUUACGGUUCGCUCGCCUGCUGCUUCCCACUGGUGCAGCAGCGUUUAAAGCAGGCAGGCAUGUACGAACGGCUGGAAUCCACACAUGCACAGUCCGAAAUUUGAAAUACGGAUGGUUAGCAUUUGUUCUGGGUGAGAGAACUACUGCAAGAUUCAAGCAGAACAGUAAGAUUUUUUGUGUAGAUGGUAACCUUGCAUCCGGGAAAGGAGCACUGGCACAGAAAUUGGCUGACAGGCUGGGCAUGCUGUACAUGCCCGAGGCUGAUACACACUACUUGGACAUAAUGACCAAGGAGCCGACACCCUUGGACACAGCCUAUAAUGGCAAAUGCAGUCUGGAGAGGUUCUAUAUGGAGCCCAAAGACAAAGAUGGCAACUCUUACCGCCUGCAGUCCUGGAUGUACCUCAUGAGGCUUCUCCAGUACUCAGAUGCCAUUGAGCACCUGCUCACAACAGGCCAGGGAGUGGUCCUGGAGCGCUCUCCGUUUAGUGACAUGGUAUUUUUGGAGGCCAUGUUUAGUCAAGGCUACAUCAGGAAGGAGUGUGUGGAUCAUUAUAAUGAGAUCAAGAGCAUUAGCCUGUGUGAGUUUUUGCCCCCUCACCUGGUCAUCUAUGUGGACUCCCCUGCUGAAGAGGUGCAGAAGAAACUCAAGGCAUCUGAGAAACCAUAUCUCCAUAAUGUGCCGCUGUCCUACCUCAAAAGCAUUGAGACUGUGUACAAGAAGACCUUCCUGCCUAAGAUCAGUGAGGAAGCAGAAGUGCUUUCCUAUGAUGUGACACAGAUACAGGAUGUCGAGAAGGUUGCAGAAGAUAUUGAAUACCUGAAGUUUGAGAAAGGCCCGUGGGUAGAUCAGGACGAUGUGACUUAUCACCACAUGCGAGUACUGGUGGAAGACAAACAGAGGGUGGCCAACAUGACCUGCAUCCCCAGAUAUUUACCAGAGGUCACCAUUGGUGCUCAUGAGUUUGACAGAGACUACUACUCCUUCAAAUCGCUUCCAGGGAACAAAUAUGCGAAGGGUUAUAAUGAAGACGUCGGGGACAAAUACAUUUGGCUGAAGUGAGAAGCUUACCUCAAAGCCCUCUUGCUGAAGUGCCAGUGUAACUAAAUGGUUAGGAGUAACCCUUCACUGAUUGACUCGUUCCGUAUUCUGUUUGCACUGGUGUUGGAAUUGAGAUAAAAUACGUUAUGUAUUCUGCUCUUCUGAAGCUUUGUAAAUGAUCAGAGAAUAAAAUAAAGUGUGUUUAAAACAUAAA